CACCAAGGCGAGAGGCUAGGAGGUCUACAAACACCGUCUGGGUAGCUGGUGUGAGUACAGAGAGUACUGGGGGGGCUUAGCCCCCAAGGAAGAAGACCAGCCCUCCCCCAGCACCACCGUCAAGAUCCCAGGGGCUCCCUCUUUCCUCCAUAGGCUGUGGACUGACUUAGGGAAUUCCAAACGAUGACAGAAAAGGAGGUGCUGGAGUCCUCCUCCUUCCCAGCAGAGACUCGGCAAAGUGGGCUACAGCGGCUGAAGCAAUUGUUCAGGAAGGAGUCUACAGGGACAAAGGAGAUGGAGCUUCCCCCAGAGCCCCAGGCCAAUGGGGAGGCAGGAGCUGGGGGUGGGCCCAUCUACUACAUCUAUGAGGAAGAGGAGGAAGAAGAGGAGGAGGAGCCACUCCCAGAACCUCCUAAGCUUGUUAAUGAUAAGCCCCACAAAUUCAAAGAUCAUUUCUUCAAGAAGCUCAAGUUCUGUGAUGUCUGUGCCCGGAUGAUUGUGCUCAACAACAAAUUUGGGCUUCGCUGUAAGAACUGCAAAACUAACAUCCACGAACACUGUCAGUCCUAUGUGGAGAUGCAGAGAUGCUUCGGCAAGAUCCCCCCUGGUUUCCGUCGGGCCUAUAGCUCCCCUCUCUACAGCAACCAGCAGUACGCUUGUAUCAAAGAUCUCUCUGCUGCCAAUCGCAAUGACCCUGUGUUUGAAACCCUUCGCACUGGGGUGAUCAUGGCAAACAAGGAACGGAAGAAGGGACAGGCAGAUAAAAAAAAUUCUCUAGCAGCCAUGAUGGAAGAGGAGCCAGAGUCUGCCAGACCACAGGAAGGCAAACCCCAGGAUGGAAACCCUGAAGGGGAUAAGAAAGCUGAAAAGAAGACACCUGAUGACAAACACAAGCAGCCUGGCUUCCAGCAGUCUCAUUACUUUGUGGCUCUCUAUCGAUUCAAAGCCCUGGAGAAGGACGAUCUGGAUUUCCCGCCUGGAGAGAAGAUCACAGUUAUUGAUGACUCCAAUGAGGAGUGGUGGCGGGGGAAAAUAGGGGAGAAGGUCGGAUUUUUCCCUCCAAAUUUCAUCAUUCGGGUCCGGUCUGGAGAGCACGUGCACCGCGUAACAAGAUCCUUCGUGGGGAACCGCGAGAUAGGGCAGAUCACUCUCAAGAAGGACCAGAUUGUGGUGCAGAAAGGAGAUGAAGCCGGUGGCUACGUCAAGGUCUACACCGGCCGCAAGGUGGGGCUGUUUCCCACCGACUUCCUGGAGGAGAUUUAGGCGUGAAGACGCCUGCUGGCGGGAGAUAGCCAAACCCCAUUCUGGGCAGGCCCAGUGGAGGUUGGGGAGAAAAGGGGCGAAAGCAACUAUACUGUUGGUUGGGGAGAUGGGAAGACCCGCCGGAACGUGACGGUGCUUCCGGGAAGGGACUGGUUCCCGUCCCCCUCCCCCGCCGAGGGCGUCGGAUACUUGGUGCCCGGAGCAGCCUCACUCGCAACCCCUCAGGUCCAGCCUUUGAGAUCUGGAAAAAGAACGCGUCUCCACUAGGGAGACGGGAGGGGGGAUUGAGACGAACCAUCGAAUGUUGCGAAUUAAAGUUUUGACAAAAGUUAGAAAA